ACGAUCUUGUCCACUUUAUAGGUAACAGAACAUACAAUCUUACUGCCCAUACUGGUGUUGAGGUGCUAGAAAACACUUUCAUUGGGAGCUGGUAUAUAACGUGAGGGGCCUGUGAGCUGUCAUGGAGGAGAAGCUGGCAGAAAGUUUCUCUGCAUAAGUGGACCUUUCUGCUGGGUAGCUUCGGUAAAGACUUGGAAACAAAACAAUGCAUAUCAAAAAUACCAGCAGAAACUUAAGAGCACAGAUUGUAAAUACUUCUUUCCCAGGUGAAAGUCAACAGGGCACGAAUCCACACUUGCCAACUGACCAACGUGAUGGCAAACCCAACAUUACCAGUCUAGAACUGGUGCUUAAAGUAAGAAUUCAAAACGCCAAAGAAAACGACUUCAUUGAAAUUGAACUGCACAGACAAGCAUUGAGUUACCAGAACCUACUACAAGUGAGCUGUGGUGAACUAGGGAUUCUACCAGAACAAGUGGAGAAGAUGAGGAAGCUGCCAAACACACUGCUCAGAAAGGACAAAGACAUUCAAAGACUCCAGGACUUUCAGGAGAUAGAGCUCCUCUUGGUGAAGAGUGGAAACUCUGAACGGACUCAACACACAGCAUCACCUCUGACAGAGAGACCCUGCUACAACAGUGAUGCAGCAAAAUUGACUUAUUAGCUCCAGAUUGAGAAGGUUUUGGAAUCAUUUUGUCAAUUAAUAAGGCAUAGGCCAUGUGACAAUUUGGCUAACCACAGUUGAACUCUGGAAAGUUUCCUCCUCUGCAACCUUUCUGAGUAGGAACUGUUUGACAGUUACAACUGUGGUAUCCACGUAAGGCCAAGUUGAUUCUGAAGCGCUGAAGCACAAUACUGACAUUCUACUUCUGUGCCCAGCUCCACUUUCCUAUACAGUGGGAGAACUUAUGAACGGAGUAAACAACUAACUUCUCCAGGUGAGACUCACAACAGCAGCUCACAUCACUGCAGCUGGCGGCAGCUUCAUCAGCUUCUCAGCCUAGUCUUCUGAAGCCCACUUUUAAGUAGACAGCCGUGUCAUGUCGUUAUAAGCCCUCAGCUGUAACUUGCCCGUGUUCACUCACACAUUCCUCUUGCUAUUCCUUGAAUGUCAAGUCACCUCCAAUCCUUACAGGAUGAGUUUAAUUAAAACAUCAAGGCUCCUCAUGAACCAACAAAUUCCACCUGCAUUCCCAGCAGCUGAGUUUUGAGGGAAGAGAAAAGACACACAGGACGAGCACAGUGGCACAAGCCUUUAAUCCCAGCACUCAGGGGAGCAGAUCACUGAGUUCAAGGACACCCUGGUCUACAGAGUGAGUCCAGAGAGCCACGGCUACAGAGAAACCCUGUCCGAAAACCAAGCCCUGCCCCAAAGACACAGAGUAGGCAUUACCCAAUUGUCAGAGGAAAAUGGUUUAUUAUAGCAAUGAAGUAUGAUUCAUAUUGGAAUGAGCCUCCACCUGCAAUGGGCUUGGUAGCUAGGACUCUAAUGGAAGGAGCACUCUCCUGACAGUGCUUUUAAAGCAUGCCAGCUCCAGUGUUCCAGCAGUACCUGAUUAUGACUGGUCAGGAUGAUUAAGUGACAAUUCCCCUAAUUGUGUUUCCCCUUCAACAGUAAGGAAAAUUUAGUAAGAAGCUAAAGGACAGUUAAUCGCUAGAAAUCACCACUUGCAGAACGUGGAAGAUUGUUUUAAAAUUAAUAAAUUUAAUUGAAAAACAAAUUAGUCAGGAAAGUACUGUUAUCCUCUAUUCUAAUGGCAAAACCUAUGAAGGUGUUAUCCAGUGGCUACUUAACAGUUCAGACAAUAAUCCAAUCACAAAGCUAACUAGCAAAUUCUUACCUGCUCUAAUAAGCACACUACUCCAAACAAAAUAGGGGUGGGGAUAGGGGUGGAGCAUGGUGCCUACCAGCCCAGAGGGCUUUAGACACUCUGCGCAGCUGAGGGAUAAUCCUGAACCUCCCACAUGCCAGCAUCACAGAUGUGCAGACUCUUUUCUGUAAGUCCCAAGGCAAACCCUGAGAGCUUCAAGCAGCAGCACAAUUAGUUUUACGUCAUAACUUGAAUGUAAAGACAACCCCUGCACAACUAACAACUCCACUAAAUAAUUCCCAAAUUGUAGUAAGUGAAAUGAACCAAGCAGCAGAACGUUAGAACAUACCUGGGUUAGAAAAUUAUCAACACUCUUGACUCCUAGCUGCAUGCAGCAAGCUGCGUGCUUACAAUGAUGAAGACUGGAGGACAACGCACUUCCUUUUGUGCUCUUGUCAGCUAGUGGAAGAAGUCCUGCUGCAGCCCACUGCCGCACUGAGGAAGAGGGCAUUAUCGGCAUGCAUGUAAGCUCAGACACCAGCUCACCUCAAACGGACUGAGUUUCACCUGAGUAGAAUGUGGUGGAAAAGGACUGAGAGAAAGUAAUGCUUGGCUAUGUGAGCCUACACAUCUGCUGGUGCCCUUCAAGUCCUAGCCCCUUUUUCUUAAAGAGUAAACGUCUUUGUUAAAACUUCAUGGUAUUUAAAUCUUCCUUGGAAAACUGUUUAGGAGUACCCAUUCCCCGGCUGCGCCUAAACAAAAGAUAACACACAGCGUGUGGCACAUUCAUCACGCAAGCAAUUUGGGAGAAAGAGUCCCAACUCCCACAGCAGUCGGGUUACAGUGAGAACAGCUCAAGAAUGAAAGGAGACUGUGUUGUAUCUUUUAAAUCUGUCAUGCAUUGAGGUUAACUAAGUUUACCAGUCACUGCCUACACCAAGACCUUUUCCCACUUAAGAAAAUUUUAUUAAGAAAUAGUAUAUACACAAAAGCACACAAACAUACAGUUCAAAAAGAAAAAAGCUUGAGAAAGAGCAGUAGCCAUUUCUCUAAAACCCCUUUGCCCUCCAAGGUCAUUCUCAAAGUAGCAGCUAACCAUGAUCUAUAUGUCAACUGUUUCCUUCAUUUACCAUGUAUUUUUAACAGCCUGUUUUGACCUUUACCGAAGUGAAUCUUAAUAGAUAGAUUCUUCUGUGGCUUGCUUUUAAGGGACAUAUUAAAAUCGUCAUCCAUGGUCA